GCGAUGCAGCCGGAGCGGCGCUUGGGGGGGAAGGGGGGAGCGGGCGGAAAAGGCCGAGUCAGCCGCUCCCCAACCUCAUAUAGAGGGCACGUUCCCCCUACGUCACUGCCCCCCCACCCCCGUGCAGCCGGAAGCCCUGCAACCGGGGACGUGUCACGCAGGCCCCGCGGGGGAGGGGGCGUGGGGAUGGAACCGAGAAGCAUCCAGGCACUUCCCCACCGAGACACAAUGCUCCGUUCCAAUGGGGUCGGCGUAUCCCCGGUGCCCGCGGGGAGGGGCGGAGGGGCACCGGACCCGGUCUGGCCGAGAGGGGGGUCGGCGGGCCCUCCGGGGGUGCCCCCGCCGGAAGGGGGCGGGGCUCGGGAAGGCCAGGCCUCUCGUCGGUGGCCCCGCCCUUUCCCCGCCCCCUUCCGCUGGGGGAGACCAGCCCCACACUUGUGCUUCGGCCGAGGCCUCGACGCGCUCCCUUCCCUUCGCACCCGGAGAUGGCUCGUUGCCCGCGGGCAGCCGGGGCGAGGGGAAACACCUCCCGCUGCGCGUUCAGCCGUUUGCAGAAGUUUGGGGCGCUCGGAUAAGCCCUCCCCCUUUGGAUCUUGGUCCGCUCCGGCCCGGCCACAUCGGCUUUGUUACGGGGCAGAGCUCAGAGCCGAUGAGCAAAUAAUGCAGGCGAGGGUCCUCCCGGCCCCGGAGAGCGCCCACCAGCUGAGGCCGGACGCCUGAGGCCUGUCCCCUGCCCCGCCUGCCAAAGGAGCCAUCGCCUUUCUCAUCUGUGAAAUAGACGGCGCUUGCGGUCACUUCCAGCCCUGAAAUGCCCAGCGUGUGCGAGGGAGGCUUUCAGUGGCCGUGCAGUCCGGCCCUACGGGAACCAUCAAAAGUCCCUCUGCAGUAAUGCCUUAGGAUGUAGCCCAUCUGAUGUUUGCUUGACAGCCUAGUGAGGAGAUAUUUAGGGCUCCCUAGGCAGCCCAUUUUACUCUUUGAUAGAUCUAACAAAAGGCUUUCCUUGCAUCCUGGGCCGUGCUGGAACUGAUGGUUUGAUUUUCAUAAAUUGACACAUCUAGCAGAGACGCCAUGUAAGGAGCAAGCCCAGCUGAACUACCCAUACAUCUGAGAAGUAGUGGGGACCCAGUAAAGUCUAGCAGCAGAGGUCCCCAUCCAUCACAAAUACUACUGAUACCCUACCCUGCAAUGAACUUUGUCAAGACUCUCCAAAAAAAGAAAGAACAUUGAGUCCUUGCAGUCCCAGAGUAUGUGUUGUAUUCGCUGCAUGUGUUCACAACAGGUGUGCCUCCCUACAACAGCAGAGAAUCGUUUCCAGGCUUGAUUAAUCCAGGGGGCUAAGAGUUUGAGUUGCCUAGGGUAUAAAAAAGCCAACCCCUGAGGAGUACUCUGAGAGUGUCUCAUGUUAUUCGAAACUCCUGAGCCUGAGCCAUGGGAUAGAGAAAGAAGAAGCCAAGGGAUGAGGAGGGACUGAGUCUGGCCUGGUCCUAUAACAUGUUCCCUUCAGCUAGAUUUUGGCAGGGUCAGCCUGGCCCUGGCUCUGGAUUGGCAUAGUGUUUCGUAAGAGAGGAAAUCUUAGGAACAUCCUCUGCCUCCUACACUGGCAGGAACAGGAAGGAAGGAAGGAAGGAAGGAAAGAAGGAAGGAAGGAAGGAAGGAAGAAAUGGGAAGGAAGAAGAGAAAGAAAGAAUAGAAAGUAAAUAACCAAUAAGAACAGCAGUAAACAAGGAUGACUAAAGUGUAGUGAAAAGAAAAAUGCUGGUAAGGAGUCCAGGGUUUUCAUUGCAAGUCCAUCUAUUACUAGCAGUAUGAUCUAGAGAAAGUCACUUAAUCUCUGUGCCUUAUCAUGCUUGUGAAUUACGUCCAAGAUGGCUGUCACAAUGGAAAACAUGGUUUUUUUCCUCCAUAUGAAUACUCCCUUCAGUGUGAUAGAUUGCAUCCCCCCACGUCUUAGUCUCUAUGACUUGUAGUGGCCAUAGAAAAUUAAUCUUGUUAUGACCAUCCUUCUGGUAAAUUGCUUACCUAGGCUGGUUCUUUGACAAGGUGGUCUGUCACUUGCUGAUACUCAAAACCUUGCCAUUUCAGAGUUUUACCCUUGGAGGGCAGGGACAUCUUCAUAUUG